UGCAGCAAAUGUGUUAAGUGCUGAAGUAUUGCAACCACUUGUCGGCACUAUUCAACCUUGCUGUCGUCGCCAGUUUCGGCUAUAAAAGAGUGCGAUCCAAUGGGCAGUUUUGCAUUCGUACAAAUGUCACGGUCGGCUUAGGACCACAGCAGCUUGGUGGAGAUUAGAGCUCAAAAGUGUUAAAGUUGGAUAAAAAUUGUUAGAUAAUAAAAAAAAGUUUUAAGUGCUUCAAAGACAUAUAUGUAAAAACAUAAUUUUCAUUAAAAAUUUUAACAAAUGCUUUGAGAAAAGAAUUCGCGGUCGUACAGUUAACAUUUAAAUUGAAAUUGUUUAAAUUAAAAUUAGUUUUUUCUCUUGAAUUAAGCAAUUUUCCAAAUGUGCAACAUUUUACGGUUUUUGAGAAUUUUGUACACCUUCAGCAGUACUGUGUGAUUCGUUUUUGUUCGCAAAAUUUAUGUAUUUUUGACAAUUGUGCGAUGUGCAUAAAAGCGGCUAACUGAAAAUGCGUCCAGAAUAGCUAUAAUUUGACGUUCGAAAAUAAAGAUUUAGAGUGCGGCGUCGACGAAGAAGAGGACAUCGCCUUGGCGAUGUCACCGACCGGACAAAUAGCUAAGACACCAACACCACGUGACGAAGCAGAUAGUGACGAUCAGCGUGAGACAUGGAGCGGCAAAGUCGAUUUUUUACUAUCAGUUAUUGGAUUCGCAGUCGAUUUAGCAAACGUUUGGCGAUUUCCAUAUUUAUGCUACAAAAAUGGCGGUGGCGCUUUUCUGGUACCAUAUUGUAUUAUGCUGCUAGUUGGUGGUAUACCAUUAUUUUACAUGGAACUAGCAUUGGGCCAACAUAACCGUAAGGGUGCCAUUACAUGUUGGGGACGCUUAGUGCCGUUAUUUAAAGGAAUCGGUUAUGCAGUGGUGCUGAUUGCUUUCUAUGUUGAUUUCUAUUACAACGUUAUAAUCGCUUGGAGUUUACGUUUCUUCUUUGCCUCGUUCACAAAUGAUUUGCCCUGGACAUCGUGUUCGAAUCCCUGGAACUCUGACUUUUGCAAACCGUUUGAGGUUCAACAAAAUGAAAUCAUACCCAUGCAACCAACCAUCCAACCGUUUAAUAUUUCUAUGAACUUCACCGAUUUUUCAUACGACAAUCAGACCGCAUUGAGUUACAACGACAAUAAAACUGUAGAAGGUACAACGACAACAGAGCGAUUUCAUUCCGCUGCAUCGGAAUAUUUCAAUCGUUAUAUCCUAGAAUUAAAUCGCAGUUCGGGUCUAGAUGACCUCGGUCCAAUCAAAUGGGAUAUGGCCGUUUGUCUGCUCGUUGUCUAUCUCAUCUGUUAUUUCUCACUGUGGAAAGGCAUCAGCACUUCCGGUAAGGUGGUGUGGUUCACAGCGCUCUUUCCCUACGUUGUGCUGUUGAUAUUGCUCAUUCGUGGUAUUACACUGCCUGGUUCCGCCAUGGGUAUACAAUAUUAUUUGAAUCCAAACUUUGACGCCAUCUACAAAGCGGAAGUGUGGGUCGAUGCGGCGACACAGGUGUUCUUCUCAUUGGGACCUGGUUUCGGUGUGCUUUUGGCAUAUGCGUCGUACAAUAAAUACCACAAUAAUGUUUACAAAGACGCGCUACUUACAAGCUGCAUCAAUUCGGCUACCAGUUUCAUUGCUGGCUUUGUGAUAUUCUCUGUACUGGGCUAUAUGGCACAUACCUCUGGCCAAAAUAUUGAAGAUGUCGCCACAGAGGGUCCGGGUUUAGUGUUUGUCGUCUAUCCGGCGGCCAUUGCCACUAUGCCGGGCAGUACUUUUUGGGCUUUGAUCUUUUUCAUGAUGCUGCUGACCUUGGGUUUAGAUAGUUCAUUUGGCGGUUCUGAGGCCAUCAUAACGGCUUUAAGCGAUGAGUUCCCCAAGAUCGGCAGAAAUCGUGAGAUCUUCGUUGCCAUACUCUUCUCGCUCUACUUCGUAGUGGGUUUGGCCAGUUGUACACAUGGCGGUUUCUAUUUCUUUCAAUUGCUGGAUCGCUAUGCUGCUGGCUACUCAAUACUUGUAGCGGUUUUCUUUGAGUCUAUAGCUGUAUCGUGGAUUUACGGCACAAAUCGCUUUUGCGAGGAUAUACGUGACAUGAUCGGCUUUCCACCAGGCAAAUACUGGCAAAUAUGUUGGCGUUUUGUGGCGCCACUCUUUCUACUCUUCAUCAUAGUCUAUGGACUGAUCGGUUAUGAACCGCUAACAUAUGAAGACUACACAUAUCCAGUUUGGGCCAAUGCCUUGGGUUGGUGUAUAGCGGGCUCCUCAGUGAUGAUGAUACCGACGGUUGCGAUCAUUAUGAUGCUCAAAACACCGGGCACUAUUAGACAGCGUUUAAAGAUUCUCACCACACCCUGGCGCGAUCAGCAAGUCUCAGUUAACGGUGUAACCGCCGAGGCAACACAAGUGCGGCUCACCGAUGCCAAAGAGGGUGCUGAGGUCUGAGAUCAGCCAUUUGCUAGAUUCAAAGUGUAUUAUGUGUGAUUUUGUUGCGCCAUUUUUUAGGCAAUUCUUAAGCAGAAAAUCUGCAAUAUUAUUAGAACUCUUUUGAUUUUUGCCAAAAUAGUGCCGAGUGCACCGUUAUACAUAUACUAUAAUAUGUAAUUUGAUCACUAGUUAAUGUUCACAUGAAAUUAGGGAAUUAGUUCAUAAGUAUUUGAUAGUGUAUAAAUAUAAAUAAUAAUAAAAAAAAUGAAUUGUUAGUAGUUUAAUUAGCAGAUAACCACACAUUUUGUACACUUAUACAAAUGCAAAUUUCACAAACAACGUAAUUUACUUAGGUUUCGCUGGCAUACAGAAUCGUAUGAAAGCUGCACAGCAAGCAAAAAAAACAAGCUUCAAACAAUCAUCAACAACACAAGCAUACAUACACACAUACAGGGUAUGCAUGAUGUAUGUAAUGUUAAGUGUAAAUUAUAAUUAUUUGUUAGUUAGUGAGCGACCCCAACCAGGCAGUACUUAGUAUAUAAGUGCAGCUGUGCAAGAUUGCGCGUAAAAAAUAUUGAAAUAAGUGCAUUUGUUGUUGCAGUUUCUUAAACAUAAAAUUAAACUCAGAAACUCAUUAAUAUGUAGAAAAAAACUGUAUGAUUUUUUUAAAAUGCUGUGUAGAUAAUAUUAGAAUUUGAAAGAUUGAAACUUGCCGAGUUACAGGUGUUAUAAUAAUAAAUUAUGAAAAAUAAACUGUUUAAUAGUAGCUAAACAUAAAGUGCUUGUUAUCAAAUCUACCUAUGUAUGUACCUAUGUACAAUCAACUUAAUUUCUAUGCGCGUUUAC